CUGAUGAAGAACAGCACAGAAGUGACACACUUUCUCCUGUUGGGACUCACCGAUGACCCAGGACUACAGCUUCCCCUCUUCUUGAUAUUUCUCUUCAUCUACACCAUCACCCUUGUGGGAAAUCUGGGUAUGAUCCUACUGAUUGUCCUGGACUCUCGUCUCCACACACCCAUGUACUUUUUUCUGUGUAAUCUGUCCUUGGUGGAUUUUUGUUACUCUUCAGCAGUCACACCCACAGUAAUGACUGGGCUCCUAAUAGGAAACAAGAUCAUUUCCUAUAAUGGGUGUGCAGCUCAGAUGUUCUUUUUUGCUGGCUUUGCUACUGUGGAAAAUUAUCUGCUUGCCUCAAUGGCCUAUGAUCGCUAUGCAGCAGUGUGUAAGCCACUACAUUAUUCCUCUACCAUGACUACCAGUGUAUGUAUAAGUCUUUCUAUAGUUUCCUAUGCUUGUGGUUUUCUUAAUGCCUCUAUCCACAUUGGGGAUACUUUCAUUCUUUCCUUCUGUAGGUCUAAUGUAGUGCAUCACUUUUUCUGUGAUGUUCCAGCAGUCAUGGUUCUCUCUUGCUCUGAUAGACAUGUUAGUGAGCUGGUUCUUGUUUAUAUAGUGAGCUUCAAUAUCUUUGUUGCUCUCUCAGUUAUUUGGAUAUCCUACAUAUUCAUUUUUAUCACAAUCUUUAAAAUGAAAUCAAGUGCUGGAUAUCGAAAGGCUAUAUCUACUUGUGCCUCUCACUUCACUGCAGUGUCCAUUUUCUACGGGACGAUCAUAUUCAUGUAUUUGCAGCCCAGCUCCAGUCACUCUAUGGACACUGACAAAAUNGCAUCUGUGUUCUACACCAUGGUCAUCCCUAUGCUGAACCCUCUGGUCUAUGGCCUGAGGAACAAGGAAGUUAAGAGUGCAUUCACAAAAACUUUUCAAGUGGCAAAAUAG